GGCACACAGCCUUCAGAGCUAAGUGCUGGCUAAAGCAGGUGUCAGAUUGCGAUGAGCUAUGUGGCUUGGAGCCCCAGGAGUGUCUCCGGAAAGUCGGGCUACUGUUCUACUGCAUCCCUCUCGGACAGCUCCUUACUUCCACCGGAACACGCAGAGUGAAAAUGGUCCACCACUCAGGCUCCAUUCAGUCCUUUAAACAGCAAAAAGGUAUGAACAUAAGCAAAAGCGAGAUAACAACAGAAGCUUCAUUGAAACCAUCGCGGAGAUCCCUGCCUUGCCUGGCCCAUAGCUAUGCUCACUCAAAAAGCUUGAGCCAAUCUGCCUCACUCUUUCAGUCAACUGAGAGUGAAUCUCAGGCUCCAACUUCUGUAACAUUUCUUUCUACGGAUAAACCUGACCAUGAAGAGAAUAAAAAAGAUUCUACCCUCAAAUGUUCCUUUUCUGACUUCAGUGAGUUUUGCUUGGCUCUGGGAAAAGAUAAGGAUUACAUGGAUGAAUCUGAACAUGCCAACUAUGACCGAUCUCGUCUCCUUAAUGACUUUGUGAUCAAAGAUAAGCCUGAAUCCAAGACAAAGUUAUCUAAGAAUGACAUGAAUUACAUAGCCUCCAGUGGACUCUUAUUUAAAGAUGGCAAAAAGCGAAUUGAUUACAUCCUGGUUUAUCGGAAGACAAACAUACAAUAUGACAAAAGAAAUACAUUUGAAAAGAACCUGAGAGCAGAAGGCUUGAUGCUGGAGAAGGAGCCAGCUAUUGCAAACCCCGAUAUCAUGUUUAUUAAAAUUCAUAUUCCAUGGGACACGCUGUGCAAGUAUGCAGAGAGACUGAACAUCAGGGUGCCCUUCAGGAAAAAAUGUUACUACACUGAUCAGAAGAACAAAUCAAUGAGCAGGGUGCAAAAUUAUUUCAAAAGAAUCAAAAAGUGGAUGUCCCAGAACCCAAUGGUUCUUGACAAGUCAGCGUUUCCAGAGUUGGAGGAGUCGGACUGCUACACUGGCCCUUUCAGCAGAGCCCGGAUUCACCACUUUAUAAUAAACAAUAAGGACACCUUCUUCAGCAAUGCUACCCGAAGCAGGAUAGUUUACCACAUGCUGGAGCGCACCAAAUAUGAAAAUGGGAUAUCAAAAGUGGGUAUCCGUAAGCUCAUAAAUAAUGGCUCAUACAUAGCUGCAUUCCCCCCACACGAGGGAGCCUAUAAGAGCAACCUGCCCAUCAAAACCCAUGGACCUCAGAACAACAGGCAUCUGUUGUAUGAGCGCUGGGCACGCUGGGGAAUGUGGUACAAACAUCAACCUCUGGACUUAAUCAGGCUAUACUUUGGUGAGAAGAUCGGUUUGUACUUCGCCUGGCUGGGAUGGUAUACUGGAAUGCUGAUUCCUGCAGCAGUGGUUGGCCUGUGUGUCUUCUUCUAUGGAUUAGUUACAAUGAAUGAAAGUCAAGUAAGCCAAGAAAUUUGCAAAGCCACUGAAGUCUUUAUGUGCCCUCUGUGUGACAAGAAUUGCUCAUUACAGAGACUCAAUGAUAGUUGCAUCUACGCCAAGGUAACAUAUUUGUUUGAUAAUGGAGGGACAGUCUUCUUUGCUAUUUUUAUGGCAAUAUGGGCCACAGUCUUUCUUGAGUUCUGGAAAAGAAGAAGAAGUAUACUGACUUAUGCUUGGGACCUUAUUGAAUGGGAAGAAGAGGAGGAAACACUUCGCCCCCAGUUUGAAGCAAAAUAUUACAGGAUGGAGGUGAUAAACCCCAUCACAGGGAAACCCGAGCCUCAUCAGCCUUCAUCCGACAAAGUCACACGCCUUCUUGUGUCUGUCUCAGGAAUCUUCUUCAUGAUCUCCUUGGUCAUCACAGCGGUGUUUGCCGUUGUAGUGUACCGCCUGGUUGUCAUGGAACAAUUUGCAUCGUUCAAGUGGAACUUCAUCAAACAGCACUGGCAGUUCGCUACAUCUGCUGCUGCAGUCUGUAUCAAUUUCAUAAUCAUCAUGCUGCUGAAUCUUGCCUAUGAAAAAAUUGCAUAUCUCCUCACUAACUUAGAGUAUCCUCGAACAGAAUCAGAAUGGGAAAACAGCUUUGCCUUGAAGAUGUUCCUUUUCCAGUUUGUCAACCUGAACAGUUCUAUCUUCUAUAUUGCAUUCUUUUUGGGAAGAUUCGUAGGCCACCCAGGAAAAUACAAUAAACUUUUUGAGCGAUGGAGACUGGAGGAAUGCCAUCCUAGUGGCUGUCUGAUAGACCUCUGCCUCCAGAUGGGGGUCAUCAUGUUUUUGAAGCAAAUAUGGAACAACUUCAUGGAGCUGGGAUAUCCGUUAAUCCAAAACUGGUGGUCACGGCAUAAAAUCAAGCGGGGAAUACAGGAUGCUUCUAUACCACAAUGGGAAAAUGACUGGAAUCUUCAGCCCAUGAAUAUUCAUGGACUGAUGGACGAGUACUUAGAAAUGGUUUUGCAAUUUGGUUUUACCACCAUCUUUGUUGCUGCUUUUCCUCUGGCCCCUCUUUUGGCUUUGUUAAACAAUAUCAUAGAAAUCAGACUGGACGCAUACAAAUUUGUAACCCAGUGGAGGAGGCCUCUGCCAGCCCGAGCAACUGACAUAGGUAUCUGGCUUGGAAUUCUUGAGGGAAUUGGCAUAUUGGCAGUGAUCACCAAUGCGUUCGUAAUUGCUAUUACAUCUGACUACAUCCCACGUUUUGUCUACGAAUACAAAUAUGGCCCUUGUGCAAAUCACGUAAAGCAGAAUGAGAAUUGCCUAAAGGGAUAUGUCAACAAUAGUUUAUCCUUCUUUGACCUGAGUGAACUUGGUAUGGGAAAAUCUGGCUACUGCAGGUACCGAGACUAUAGAGGCCCGCCUUGGAGUUCUAAACCCUAUGAGUUCACGCUGCAAUACUGGCACAUCCUAGCUGCUCGACUGGCCUUCAUUAUCGUGUUUGAGCACCUCGUUUUCGGGAUUAAGUCAUUCAUUGCAUACCUGAUUCCAGAUAUACCAAAAGGCCUUCGUGAGCGCAUACGGCGAGAGAAAUACUUAGUCCAAGAAAUGAUGUAUGAGGCUGAGUUGGAACAUUUGCAGCAACAGCGGAGAAAAAGUGGACAGCCUAUUCACCAUGAAUGGCCUUAGACUGUGCCUGUAACCCAAAAGGGGAGGUACCAUUAGUGUGGGAAUGAGACGCUUGAAAUGUAGAUGGGAUCCAAGAGGAAGGCACACUUGGCAAAACUAUAUGUAUAAAAUACUACUUGGAAAUACAUCACAGCAGCCUCUGGGAUUUGGAAUGCUCAGACUUCUAAGGAAAGAAAGAUGUGUGACCUCCAAAGGGAUGCAAGUGAAAUGGCAGGGAGCCAGGCUCUUGAUGCUCAGAGCAAGCCCUCAGGGGAGUUCUGGGUUUCCAGUCCACCCAGUUCAAUCAGCUGCAGAGCAAAUAGAAAAUGUGGUUGCGAAAUUUUCAGAGGCAGAUUUCCACGUAAAUGUUAACAAACUGGUCAUCCUAAUCAGAUUCUAGGACGGUCACUUGAGUUCAUAGACUCACAAGAAGUGAGUGAGAUCAGAACUCCAUGUCCCUUCAGCUCACAGGCUAGUGGAGUUGUUUUUGUGCUCUAGCCUUGCGAUAAUGGGUUAUGCACAUGGCAUCUGUGCUGCUCUGUGUUAACUAUGCACUUAAACAGUUGAACAUCACCAUAGUAGUCAAACCAAAAUAAAAAAAAUCCAAGAUCCAAGAAGAACACCGUUGGAAUAAUUCUAUUACAUUGGCUGUGUUUAAGUUUGCUUUAUCACUCAGAGCCAAGUGCACUGCCCAUCUUUAUUAAUGAAUGCCAAUUGAUCCACUUUAAAUAUUUGAAUGCCUAUUAUUUUAUCAUUUAGACAUGACUAGCUUGUACUUUACUGAAGAAGUCUGUCUUAUAUUCUAUUCCAUGUGCCCCUCGCUGAAUUAUUACUCAUCUCACAGAACAUCAUGUUGAAACUGUGUAAAUAUGUCUAUGUCCCCUCAGUGUUUGCACUUUUGCAUUGUGUAACGCAAGUUCCAGCUUAUGGAGCUUCAUGACCAGUUACGCAGGAUGCUACUGUAAUCUGUUCAUUCAGGAAAUCCAAAGCCAAAUGUUCUGCAGCACUUAGGUUUCUUCUAUAAUGUGCACUAUCAAUUAUGAGCUAGUGAAACAAUGCAUGCGUGUAGUGUAUUAUUUGCAUAAAAUACCUUUCUGAGUUUCACUUUUUAAUCAUGGAAUGGAAGUUUCUGGGUUUUGUUUUGUUUUUGAUCAGCUGAUUUCAUUUAAUUUCAAAACUCUCUAGAAACAAAGUUGAAUCAAUUGUGAAGACCAUAAUUUAAUUUGUUGUAGAAUCCUUAUUUGAAUGUCAAUUUUGUCCACACAUUGAUGGAGUACAAAUGAAGGGGUAUUCAAGCAAAAGAAGUUCAGAAGAGGUAUAAAUUAAGGAGGCAGAAUAGAAGGAAAGGUAAGGGGUGAAGUAGAUGGGUUUAUGAUAAAAAAAAAUCAAUAUACUUUCCCUUGAUAAACAGGAUGGUCCAAGCUUUUAUCUCUUGAGAGUAAUGUGGGAAAUCACACAAAAAACACACAUAUACACAUACACAAAAAGAGAGCAUGAUUUGUUUAGUUUGGUUCAAUUGAGCAACACAGAAAUAUUAACAAAAUUCAAAAUAUUGAAUUAGGCAACUCAGAACUAAAACUACUUUACACAUAUUAUUGAAUCUCUAUCAAGGAAAUUAGUUUCAGUUACUGGAAGUAUGCUGUCCUAUUUCUAACACUUAUAAAAGCUUUGUUGUCUUGAUUAUGGUUUGUUUUAUAGUUUCUACCAAGGACAUUCACUUUUCUACUUUUCCUAUAAUUCUAGGUCAGGUAUAUGUCCUGGGACUCUAAUAUGUGGGAAUGUAGUUCAGUGGUAGUGUAUGUUUAGCAUGCACAGGCACACAUAUACUCAACUCUUAGCCCCUUAAAUAAAGAAAGAAAUAAUAAAUUAGAGAUACGUUGUAAAUUUCUACACAAAUCCUUGCUCCUGGGACUCUUCCAUUGCAAAUAUAAUGGUUAAUUCUACAAACUUUCCAAAAGAGAUUUCAGCCCCUCUAUUUUAGAUCAUUUGUGCUCCUUUUUAUGUAUUAAUUAAGUAUAUACACAUGCCUGAGCAUAAUAUUUUGUUUACCUAACAUUUACAUCUUUUCCAAAUUAGGGACGCAAGACAGACAUAUGAUUUACAGGAGGACAAACAAUAACAGCUGUUUCCUUAAAAGUUCUUUUUCUAGGGUUUUCUACAGUCCAUUGGGAUUUAAGUCAUACUGAUUGAUAAGAACAGAGAAUGAUAUUUUAAUAAAAGUUGUAGUAUAUUAAUUUAGAAAUUGCCUUCCCUGAUAUUUUUGAAACAGAUAUGAGAAAACAGAGAACCAAAAGAAUUGUCUGAAAUGUUUGUUUUGUGAACAGUUGCAGGGCAAUCAACCUUGUUUCUAUUGUAACUGACAGUAAAAUGCAGACAGCGCCUCACAGUGUGUUAACUUUAGAUCACUCUGCUGAAGUAGAGAGAAAUGUUUUAUACGUGCUUUUCAUAUGAAUAUAAAUUAUUUCUCAAAGAUUUAUAGCACACACUAUUCUCAGGAAUCUGUAUGAUGUGAAUGCUGCUCAUAUAUUUUCAUAUUCUCACUUGUUAUCUUUUUAUGCUAAUAAUUAAUGGAUACAUGCAUGAGGUCUGCCUUGACAAGUUGUGCAAGUCAUUUUAAGUCUUAACUGUACUAGUUCUCAAUUGUCUGAGCCUAUGUAGGCACUUUUAGAUGAGACACUGCUGCCUGGCUGCAUGAUGAGAUUCAACUUGGAUGCUAAAUGAUUCUUGGCACAAUAUAGUAUAUAAUGGAAUGAA